AUGCCACCUGGUAUAUCUUUGAGUAAGAUGGGUAGAAAAUUCAACGCCGACGGUACAGUUAACAAGUUUCCAGGCAACACUGUUGUAUGCCAUUUGCCUCAGCAGGGUAAUGCUCGGGGGCUGUUCAAAAGGCUGCUAGACUUCUACAGGGCCUUUCCUAUUCUACUUUUCAAAAAUAAAAUAAGCAUGCUGCCGUCGUCGAGUCUUCAUAUGACGAUUUUUGACUGCAUGCACGAGUACAAGCGCCAAUCUGAUAGUUGGCCAAAGGAUCUACCACGGAGUUUGCCUAUGGAACAGUGCAAUGCAUGGAUGGUGAAGAUGCUCACCGAGACACCAUUUGAGAUUGACUUGCCCAUUCGGCUUCAGGUCGACAAGAGCUACGUUGAGCAGACGUCUCAUGGGGGGAUGGAUACAUGGAAAGUUUCUUUGUUGCCUGUGGAUGAGAAAGAGGAACAGAAGAUCAAGAAAUUGCGCAUAGGCAUCGCGAACGCAUUGAGCAUCCCGCUGCCUAGUAUCGAGUCGUAUAAAUUUCACUUGACUAUCGCGUAUUUGAACGAGGAAUUUACAGAGGAGGAGUCGAUGCAGCUGAAGAGAAUCAAUGAUGAAUUCCAUCAGGAGGGCCACGUUGUGGAACUUGGCCUUCCCGAGAUUUGCCGAUUCGAUGAUAUGUUCUACAUGGAAAGACUGGCAUUUCUAGGACAGACGCAGUAA